AUGUCUGUCAGCAGAAUAAUACCUCCAGUUCAAGUAUUCGGAGUAGAAGGACGAUAUGCUACAGCACUUUAUUCUGCAGCUACGAAACAAAAAACAUUAAGCAAUGUUGAAAAAGAUCUUGUUAAAUUGCAAGGUCUUAUGAAGCAAGAUGAGAAACUGAAUGAAUUUGUGAAGAAUCCAACAAUAAAACGAAAAGUCAAAGUAGAGGCACUUAAGGCAAUUUCUGGAAAAAUUAAUCUCAGCAAAGAAAUUGCAAAUCUGUUAAUUUUACUUGCAGAAAAUGGUCGGCUUGCAUAUACCAGUGCUAUAAUUAAUACAUUUAAAAUAUUAAUGAAUGCUAGUAGAGGUGAGGUUGCUUGUGAAGUAGUAACUGCAAAACCACUUGAUGCUGAUAUGAAAUCUAAGCUUGAAGUAGCUCUAAAGGGAUUCUUAAGUAAAGGUCAAUCUAUUGUGCUUACUGCAAAAGUUAAUCCUUCCCUUAUUGGAGGUAUGAUUGUGUCAAUAGGUGAUAAAUAUGUAGAUAUGAGUGUUGCUACCAAAGUCAAAAAAUAUACUGACAUUAUUGCUAGCACAGUAUAAUCACUUUUUAUAACAUUGAGUAAAAUGA